AGCUGACCUCACUAUCAACUGAGACUCACUUUUGAUCGCACGCAUUGUUACAAUACUUAUUAAGUAACUUUAAAUAAUAAUAUUCUGGUGUAAUUUACAAGUGUUACUAAAAACCUGUGGUUUUUUGAUACAACUUAGUAAAAACUAUUCAAAACAUGAAGACCCUGCUUUUGCUGCUCAUCAUCACGCUGACUUCAUACUAUGUCGCUGCAGAACACUUGCUGGUGGGAGACAUCAGCCACGCAGAGCUGGCUUCCAGCGAAGCAGUGCAGUACAACGCCAUCCCUUUCAAGAAACGAGUCAAAUACUACUUCUACACGCAGCCGGAUAACCGGAAGAUCCGGGGCAUCCAGGCCAUAGACAACCUGCACAGCAAGGCAUCCAUGAACAUUACAGCAGGCGGCGUGGGCCAGGCCUUCGUCAACUUGCGGAUGAAGAGCGAGCGAGGCUCGGGCCUGGACUACAACAUUGGGAUCUACGUCGAACCCUUCAAUAGAUUCUAGACAAAACAUA